AUGCCGCCGUUCUGGGUCUUGACCUUGCUCAGCGCUGCAGGAUUAGCAGCUCCCUCCCCAAAGAGUAUUCACUCGGACAUCACAUUGUUGAUCGACAAUGACCUGCAAGGCCCUAAUAGCCCGAGCGCAAACUCUGGAGUGAUCGUCUUGGCGGCCCGCUCCUACCGGGGUGCGAUUACGACUUGUGAAGCAUUUGGGGAACACUUAUGGUCGCCGGAUCUAGGAGCUUCAGAUAUACAGGCAAGCCUCAACUAUUUGAAGUACAAGGAAGCCGAAAAUCCACGCGCGCAGUACUGGAUAGCGCCUAGUGGUAACAGAUCUCGGUCUGUCGAUACCAGCGGUGUUGUCUCCUGGUCCCCUCCCUCGGUCGACCUUCCCGCACUCUGUACACAGUCUGCACCGUUCUCAAGUGGCUCUUUCAAAAACACAAGCGAGCAAUGGCGAGUCACGGUUGAGUCAAACAACGAGGUUUUGACAGGAUUCCGCGAUCGAUACAGCUUCCGUUUUCUUGGUAUUCGGUAUGCCCCACAGCCUGAGCGAUUCACAUACUCGGUGCCGCAUAUUGGCCAAGGAGGCAAGGUUUCCGCUCUCGAAUAUGGUUCUCAGUGCGUCCAGGCCGGCGGUGUGGGAUCAGAAGACUGCCUGUUCCUGAACGUUUGGACAACCUUCCUGCCAGGAUCCGACCCAGGAAAGAAGGAUCUCAGGCCAGUGAUGGUUUGGAUACACGGUGGUGCAUUUACCGGCGGAACUGGCAAUGAUCCGACCGCAGACGGAGGCAAUUUGGCAUCCAGGGGCGACGUUGUGGUGGUAGACAUUAACUACAGGCUCACAACACUUGGGUUCCUAGCGUUGAAGGAUGGUAAGACCAACGGUAACUAUGGGCUUGCCGAUCAAAUCAACGCGCUGGACUGGGUUCGGAGGAACAUCAAAGACUUUGGUGGAGAUCCCGACCGGGUCACCAUCUUCGGUCAGUCCGCUGGAGCGGCCAGCGUUCGAGCCUUGAUGGCGUCUCCGAAGUCUAUCGGAAAGUUUGCUGGAGCCAUCCCUGUUAGCAGUUUGGGAGGAAUCAACUACGGCACGACAUAUUCCAAAUACUACACUAUUGAUGAAGAAAUGGAGGUGGCGGGCAAUGCGAUCUUGAAGGCGACAAACUGCACUGACGCAUCGUCUCAGGUGAAUUGCCUAAGGGCCGUCUCAGGGGAUGUGCUGGCAAGUCUCAGCACCGUGGCGCGAUACCCAGUGGUCGAUGGGACGUACCUGAUUUCGGACAGCCUGGAACUGAAAGGUCCCCCAUUGCCUGUGCGGAUCAUGAUGGGCAUCACGCGGGACGAUGGUGCGCCCAUCAUCGGCUAUCCAACGACCAAGAACGAGACAGCGUACCUAGAAGCUGCAGGGUUUCCCAUACCCCCGCCGGAUCUGUACCCUGUUCCUGAUAUGGAUAACAAGACACUCGCCCUGUUCAACAUGAGUUCGCGCCUUGCGACCGACGGGGUCUUCCGCUGUAUCGACCAAGCAACCGUCUACACAGGUCUUCGGUCGGGCCGCUUCAGCCCCAAUGUCUUCUUCUACGAGUUCAAUCGUACGUAUCAGACCUCGGGCUGGCCCGGACUCGACGUUUGCGAGCCGCCCAAGUCAGCCGAACAUCCUCAUGGAGACCCCAGCAAAGAGUAUUUCAAGUGCCACUCGGGCGAGCUGUACUACAUAUUCGGGAAUCUUGCCCGGCAAGGGCUACCUAUGCGUGAUGAGAAUGACCUGCUGUUCGAGCAGUUUGUCUUGGACUCUUUCGCGUCAUUUGCGAGGACGUACGAUCCGAAUCCGGCAAUGGGUCUUUUGCAGGCGAGAGGGUAUGAGCAUACCAUCCGAGAGUUGCAUACGGCUGGACUGUGGCUUCCUGCAACGAAAGAUAUAAUGACGAAGAGAACACUGCAAUGGCCGAGCUUUCAGGGUCCAUUCACCGAGGUUGAGCAGUGCGAGGCGCUCAACCUUGGGUUGAACUAUUAUGAAUGA